ACGAAUUUGACAAGUCAAAUGAAAUCAAUCAACCAAACCAACCAACCAAAAAAACGAACGAAAAAAUUGAUGCGAUGGCUAACUGAUUGACGGAUUGUAAUUUCGUGAAACUUUAAAAAAAUAUAAAAGAUAAUUGCGAUACUAAAUUGUGCCCUCCAUCUGUGUAUUUACUUUCCUCAUUCGUAUCGUGUGUUUGUUCAGUGAAAAACUAAAAUUAAUCUACAUCUUUGUGUCUGAAAACCUGUGACUGUUGGGUGUUUAUGUGUUUUCUUCUUUUAUUUAUUCUUAAUUUUAACCGUUCUGCUACCUCUAUACGUGCUGUGCAUGCAAGGAGAACUCUCAACUACAGGGAAAACGUUUUGGCACAUUGAAGAGGGAGACGGAACUACUAGUAUCUGCACAAGUCUGUCACCGGUAGCAGUAGCAUAGACAACCACCGCCAAAAUUAUUAAAAAAAUAAACAUUAUUUUUAAAAAGAUAAUGAGAUAAUUCCGUUCAAGUGCUCAAUUUAAAAAUUAACAAUAAUUGUUCCUCAAAAUGGCUAGUGAAAUCAACAAACGUCCAAUGGUGAAUUGAUUAGUUUUACAAGUGUUGUUCUAAUAGUGAUAAAAUAGUGGAUCGUGUGUUAUGUUUGCGGUUUUCGGUUUGUGCGUAACAGCGCCAUCUAUUGUAGAGUGGCGGCGAUGCUAAGCACUUGACGCGAUGGAGGCCGGUUUCAUACCGGUAGGUGGCGUGGGUGCGGGCGCGACGGCAGCGCCGCCGGCCGUGGUGGCGAAUUCGGGAAACGUCAUUCGCGCUCCCGGCUUGAAGCGCGGGAAAAUGGAGGAGGCCAUUUCUGAUCGGAUCAAGUUGGAGACGGUCCUGGGGCUGACGGUGAACAGCAAUGCGGCGCUGGACUGCGACCCUAAUACUGACCUCGUGGCAUACCCUGCAGGAUGCACGGUGGUCCUCUACAACACUCGCAAGAACCGGCAGUCGCACGUGCUGAACGCGUCGCGCAAGAGCGUCACUUGCGUGUGCUUCUCUCCCGAUGGCCGGUAUUUGGCUACGGGGGAGAGCGGCCAUGCGCCGGCUGUACGGAUAUGGGAUUUACAGGACCCCACGGCGUCGGGCGCGGUGCAGAUAGCCGAGUUCCCAGGACACACGCACGGCGUCAGCUGUGUGGCGUUCUCGACCUCGUCCAAGUAUCUAGUCUCGGUGGGCUCGCAGCACGACAUGAUCAUCAACGUGUGGGACUGGAGAGCCAACCUUAAGUUAGCUAGUAAUAAGGUGUCGUCCCGCGUGCUGGCUGUCAGCUUCGCGGAGAGCGGCAACUACUUCGUGACGGUCGGGUUUAGACACGUCAAGUUCUGGUAUCUGGAAUACUCCAGAAGCGCCAAGUACAAAGAGCCAGUCCCACUCAUGGGCCGCUCGGCCAUCCUCGGCGAGUUGAAGGACAACGAGUUCUGCUCCGUGGUGUGCGGGCGCGGCGCCUCCGCCGACUGCACGUACGCCGUCACGCGCUCCGGCCUGCUGUGCGAGUUCAACACGCGGCGGCUGCUGGACAAGUGGGUGGAGCUGCGGACAACAUCAGCGAACUGCAUGGCAAUAGGCGGCGACUACAUCUUUGUCGGCUGCGCGGACGGCAUCGUUCGUUGCUUCGCGCCUGACUCACUGCAGUACAUCACUACACUGCCACGGACGCAUUAUCUGGGUGUCGAUGUGGCACAAGGCACGCAUAUUAGUCACAUGUUCACCGUGCCGCCCGACGCCAAGUAUCCAGACGCCGUCGCGCUCACAUACAACCCGAGAGAACACAAGCUCACUUGUGUCUAUAGCGAUCACUCGCUGUAUGUGUGGCAUUGUCGGGAUAUACAUAGGGUGGGCAAGUCGCAUUCAGCCCUCUACCAUUCAGCCUGCAUAUGGGGCGUGGACAUGCACGCCGACGGCAGCUUCCUCACCUGCUCCAGUGAUGACACUGUGAGACAGUGGCAUCUGGGGACAUCGCCGGACGCGAAUAUUUAUAGUAAUGAGUUAUCGAACAUCCUGUACAUAGACCCGGAGCUGAAGUUCCUGAAGGACGCGGAUCUGACAUCCGGCGCCGACAAGGACAAGUCCAAGUCUUACGACGACAAGAUUGGAGUGAGAUGCAUCCGCAUAUCCCCGGACGGCGCUCACAUAGCCUCCGGAGACAGGUCCGGCAACGUGUACAUACACGCGAACAGCGGAGAGCUGCUGCGGACUUUGGAAGCUCAUGAUGCAGAGGUGCUCUGCGUGGAAUACUCUGACUUCGCGAGUCACCGGCCCAAACUACUGGCGUCAGCUUCGCGAGACCGACUUAUACACGUGUUUGAGGUGGAACGAGGCUACCAAAUCCUCCAAACCCUAGACGACCAUUCCUCCUCAAUAACGGCGGUGCGGUUCCUGUGGGCCGGCGCGGCGCUGCAGAUGGUCUCCUGCGGCGCCGACAAGACCAUCCUGUUCCGACAACUGCGCACGACACAAGACGGCAGCUACCAGUUCGCUCGCGGCCAGAACGUGUCGGGGCGGACGACGUUGUACGACAUGGAGGUUGAUGCUGGCGGCAGACACAUACUGACGGCUUGUCAGGAUCGCAACGUGCGGGUUUACAGCGCGUCUAACGGACGACAUACGAAGACCUUCAGAGGUACCACUGCGGACGAUGGAACACUUAUAAAGGUUUCCCUAGACAGCAGUGGCAUAUACCUGGCCACGUCGUGUACAGACAAAGUGCUGAGUGUCUACGACUACUAUUCAGGGGAAUGUAUGGCCACCAUGUAUGGGCAUUCGGAGAUCGUUACUGGACUCAGGUUCACGCCAGACUGCCAGCACCUCAUAUCCGCGUCAGGCGACGGCUGUAUCUUUGUUUGGAGGGUUCCCCACGACAUGGUAGUUACUAUGAGGGCCAGGAAGGCGCAGCAGGCCAUCAGGCAGGGGAAGAAAGUAUCCACGUCCAACGGCCCGCUAGGCCUGGACAGCGAGGGCGAAGCUCCCGCGUCGCCGCCGCCCGCCUUCACCGCGCCCGCGCCGCCUGAUUAUACGCUCCGAAUCGGCCGCCUCCCAUCCUGGGCCAAGAAGAGUUUAGGCGACGAACUGGCAGGCCCGGAGACACCCGCGCCCGAGCCGCCCACGCGCGGCAAGUGGGCGCGCCGCAUACACACCAACGACAAGAGAGACUCGGACGGCUCCAAAGACAGUUCCAUAGACAGCGGGACAGACACUCGCUACAUCGAGAAGAGACGCGAUCAGCCAGUUGUUAAACAGAGGCCGAAAUCGCUCAACCUCUCCCAACUACCCCGAGUGGAGGCCCUAUUCCGCCAUUUUGACGCUACCAUGGCGAAAACCUACGAAAUCCUAGCCAUUUCGCCGCGUGUCGGGAAAAAGGUGACAAUAAACUUGAAUAACAACCUGGCGCCGGACGCGCGGACCAGGCAUCACACCGAUGAUUCGUCGCUCGGCAGUUUUAAAUAUGAGGACCAAGAGUCUACAGAGCACGACGGCGACGUGGAGGACAUCAGUGACGGCGAAAGGACCUCGUCUUCUGAGAGAGCCACCUACUACCCGGGGAAUAAUGAUGACGACACGCACAGUGAAUUCAUGGUAAACGCGAUGGACGCCGAAGAGCUCCGUCAGUCCAUACGGCGCUCCAAACUGUGGAAGGAGCGGGACGCCCCCUCGGCCUCCGGCGGGAGCGUUGGAGGCACCGCGCCGAGCUCGCCGCCGCACUCUGAUGAUGACGAGGUUUCCACCCCAUCAGGCGACACCGUGGACCGCAACCCGCUGUCCGGCUCGUGCGAGUCGGUGGACACAGUGGGCCGCCGGGAGAUGUACGUGAAGAGCGCCUUCGACAGCCUGAGCGGAGCGGCCGACUGUACCACGCCUGCUGGCACGAAGUCGUCCCUCUCGUCGCAGCACCUGUCCGUGGGACGCCCGUCGCCUCGCCCGCGCGACCCGGAGGCCGUCCGGCGGCGGGACGAGCUGAACAGGAGGAUACUGGAGACGAGGCGGCAGCUUGAGACUGUGGCGCUUCGAUCGAACCUCAAGUCUUCACAAUCCACAACAGAUCUGUCUUACAUACCGGAGAAAGACCAAAACUCACGGACACCGAGAAACAGGCCGGUGUCUAUGGCGAUACCAAGCAAUUCUAGACCUUAUGCCAAUCGCAACCAGUUAUCGCCGUACGAAGCGGAGGAGUCUGGCGGUAUGCGUCGAGCGUGUUCUCUCUCAGACUUGGCCAUAAAGCCUAUGCCUGCACCGAGGACUCCACAAGCGGCGGCCACCAAGUCGCCACCCAACAACGCGCCGGCUGGGGGCAAGCCUACGUUCGCCCGCCCCGCGCCCCGGUACAGCAGCAAGAGCAACAUGACCCGGAGCUCUAGUGUCGGGGUGCUGAAUAAUCAGAGUGACUCCGAGUCAGACCCUCAGCCCUCACGGGGUCAGCAGCGCGGGUCCCAGGGGCUGAUGAGGCCCACCAUCAGCUCCAUGAACAAACAAGCCAACAACACCACCAGGAGACGGGGGAUGGCCAAUGCUUAUAGCUCUGUGAGUCUGUCGACGGCUGCUCAAGAGGAGUCUAGUUCGGAGGCCGAGGACCGGACCUGCGCCAAGCCGGCCGUGCCGCCGCGGCCGCGGGCUGUUAGUGUUGACCACUCCGCGCAUAGGAAGAUUGGCCGCAGCGGCAGCGAGCGCGACCUGUCGGCCAAGGCGCGCGAGGUGACGGCGCGGCUGACGGCGGGCACACGGCGCCCCGGCCAGGAGUCGAAGCCGGAACCGGCGGCGAGCGAUGCGCAGAUGUCGUCAACGCAACUCUGCUCAGCCCUCACCGAGCAACUGACGCGAACAGCCAGCAAAGUCGUUCAACUGUACCGGACCCUACAGCACCCGGCGACCACCGAGCAUGACGCGGCGCUAGUGAGCGGCCUAGAAACGGCGAUCCUAGAAACGCAAAAGGUGCUCCGAAGCGCGGUUCAACGGCAGAAUUCUAACAAAGUUAACGGGAGUGACGCGAACAGUGUGACUACAGCUGAUGGAGAUAGGCUGAACACUGUUGACACGGCACGGUUGAAGCUGGAGGAGUUACUGUCUAAAGAAUCAGCGAACACCGGCGGCAACCCAGCCAUGUCGCUCAUAGAACAAUACGACACCUACUCGGACAUCCUCCUCAACAUGGUGCAAAGCAAGAUGGUGAACCAAUUCUCUAACAGCCCUCAAAGCCUUCCAAAUACCGCGCGAGAAACCGCGGACGAGAGCUAGAGCUGGCAGCCAAUUCUCUACCACUCGCCUUUGAAGUCGGUUGAUAAAAUGCAAUGAAAGGUAACCCCCGAAUUUAUAGAACGAACUGUCAGGACAGGAAGUCAAGGCCAAAAGAAUUCAUAGAGCUUUAUUUGACUCUUUAAAAUACCUAAAGUCUGUGUUUAAUCUC